AUCAAGUCCUUACAAGAAGCAACACAUAUUUUUAACCAUGGCUACUGCUUUUCAUAUGUCUCUCCUUCUCCUCCUUGCCCUUGUAGCACUCAGACCUUCCACCACCUCAGCUGCUGCAUCCCCAAACCCAAACUCAUUAAACUUACACCAAGUUUUCCAACUAUUUGGAUUUCCGCUCGGCCUUAUACCUGGUCCCGUCGACUCUUUCACUCUAACCCCCAUAGGCAUUUUGCCACCCACCUUCAACUUCACCAUCCACUAUAAGGAACCAUGUUACGUACAAUUCGUAUACCCCAAUUACUAUAACCCGGUGUUUACCGGAAAGAUCACCUUCGGUAAACUUUUCGAUAUGCAAGGCCAUAAGGAUCAAUUCCCGUCGGGCGAAUGGAUAGAUAUGUACGACGUCACAGUGGUUGACCAAAACCUCUACUUCCAAUUUGCUACUGCAAGUGCAACGGUUGAUAGAUCGUUCUUUGCGGAGGUUAAGAAUUGCACAUAUGGUCCUCUUCUUCCUGCUGAUUACUCUAACGAACUCAUCUCUCAGCUUCCAAUCAGUGCAGAAUAAGUUGGUGAUCAUGGACGUUUUGAGACUUUUGAAGUUGGGGACAAAUAUAUAGCUUUUUCAAGUGCAUGUGUUGUAUGAAUAAAGUUUAGGUUAUACUAUAUGAAUCUAACCUGUUUCGUUUUAAGAUUUCGAUUGUGUUGUAUGAAUGAAGUUUAGGUUAUUUAAGUUUGUUUAUUUAAAGAUAUAUAAAUAUAAAAUUACAGGCAUAGUUUCUUAAAUAA